AGUUUUGAAUAGAACAAUUACAACUUGAUAAAACUUCGUGGAAGAAUGUUGCUAAUUAAUGAUGAUACCAGUGUAAAUUCUCCGUGCAGUUCCCAACUUCCCUGCUCAACAGCCAAUGAAAUACUGCAGAUUUCGAUCCGUUUGUAAAUUAAGCAUCAAAAAUUUUUCUAUAAAACCGAAACCAACCAAAGUUGUUAUCAAUCAAUUGUACCACUGUACUACAGAGAGAAACACUGAAGAUGCCACCAAAAACCGCAGGAAAGAAGCAAGAGACAAAGAUGACCGGAAAAGUCAAGAGUGGAGACAGCAAAGGAAAGAGAAGUAGACGAAGAAAGGAAAGUUACGCUAUCUACAUCUACAAAGUUCUGAAACAAGUUCAUCCAGACACCGGAAUAUCCAGCAAAGCCAUGAGUAUUUUGAACUCGUUCGUCAACGACAUCUUCGAGCGAAUUGCAACCGAGUCUUCUCGACUCGCCAACUACAACAAAAAGUCUACAAUCAGCUCUCGCGAAAUUCAGACCGCCAUUCGACUGCUUCUGCCCGGUGAACUGGCGAAACACGCGGUCAGUGAAGGAACAAAAGCCGUUACAAAGUACACUAGCACAAAGUAAAGCGAUUUGAAAGAUACUAGAUUAUACACGUGAAGACUAAGGGACGAAACGCAUGAAACGGACGCUGAAUUUAGACUUUGUGACUUGAAGACAGACGAGCGACUUCUACAAAACUGGACAAGACGAAAGCAAAUUUAAAACUUAGGACUACAACAUCUCGACGAAAUACUCGAGACGUGAACGAGACGGACGCUGUUAGCAGAACUUGUGACUGGAGACAUCUCGACAAAGACUUUGAUUAAAAGACAUACGCGGAAGGUGUUCAAGAACUUGUAAAAUUGUGACUUGACAAAAUUGUACAGUGACUUUUCAGGAACAAGGUAUUCUCCUGAAGCAGUAAAAUAAUUAAUUUUCUCGCUGA